AUGAGCCAGAGGGACAAGAAAACACUUUGGGAUUUGAUGGCAAAUAUUUCAGAUAGCGAGACACGUCAGAAGAUGUCUUGCAAACCCUUUAGGCCUCACUCUUUGGACCUAACACUAUCAAGCCUUGCACCACAGUUUUACAAUGAAGAAGAAUUGGCUCAGAUAAAGAGUCUCCAUGAACAACUUGAUUUGCCACCUGUUAGAACCACAAAGACAGAGAAAGAAAAGGUGACCCCAAAUCAAAUGCAUGAGGACGAAAACGCCACCUCCGUGAAUAAUAAAAAACCAAGGAAGAUGCGUAUGCCAAAGAAUGCAACACCAUCAUCAUCUUCACCACCAUCGUUACUGUUACCGUUACCGCUACUGUUACAGGCUCCACCAAUACCACCACCACCACCACCACCACGGGGUCUGCCGAUUGAAUUCAUGAAUCGUAUCAGAGAAUUGAACGGCACUAACAUUAAAUUUCUGAUGACCAAGACGCUUUUCCACACAGAUGUCAGCCCUAGUCACAAUCGUCUGUCAAUGCCUAUUAACGAAAUUAGGUGUGAUUUCCUCACGGAGGCUGAGAAUGGAAUGUUAGAGGAAAGAGAAGGCGCUAACGGAGGACUUGUUGGUGUUGCAGUGACGGUGUUGGAUCCAUGUCUCAGAGAAUAUCCUUUGAUAUUGAAGAAGUGGAAAAUGACGAGUUCCAGCAUCUACACUCUCAUCAAAAACUGGAAUAUCAUUGUUCCUGAAAAUAAUUUAGAAAAAGGCCAUCAAGUCCACAUAUGGUCUUUUAGAGUUGAUGCCAAAUUAUAUUUUGCUUUAAACAAAGUUUGA